GUCAACUCCAACCGCCCCUUUCAGAACCAGCUCUGGACAGCGCCUUCCCCGCCCACCCCCUUUUCCCGUUCAGUGUCUCCCGUUGGCUGGAGUACAGCGGCUAGCUGGAGCUCUGAUUGGCCCAGAUGCCUGCCACUCAGAACUGUGGGGUUGUUUUGAGAGCUCGAAGCGGCGGGUAGCGGAGCGGGCUUCCCGUGAACCAAGGCAGGCGAGCGCGGCUGGCAGCCUCCUCCGCGCCCAGCUCCAGAGCCCGGCACCGCUGCACGGGGGGGACCUGCCCAGCGCCAGAGGAGGAGGGAGCCGCCUCACCCCCCCCGCCCCCGCGACCCCGGUCCUCCUCCUCCUCCUCACCCCACUGGAUACAGCGAGGCAGAGGGAGACACUGCGGCGGAGGCUCCUGCCGGGGGACAGAAGCGCCCGGAGAGAGGCGGCGCAGGCUGCGGGAAGCUCUGCCUGGCGCCCACCCAGCCCGAGGGAAGCCCCCAGGAUGCGGCUGAGACCCAGCGCCCUUCUGCGCUUCUACAGCCUCUGCGGGCUCCUCAUACAAGCGGCUGCUACCAAGAACAAAGUUAAAGGCAGCCAAGGGCAAUUUCCACUCACACAGAAUGUUACAGUUGUUGAAGGGGGAACAGCAAAUUUGACCUGCAGGGUUGAUCAAAAUGAUAACACCUCCCUCCAGUGGUCAAAUCCAGCUCAACAGACUCUGUACUUUGAUGACAAGAAAGCCCUGAGGGACAACAGGAUUGAGCUGGUUCGAGCUUCAUGGCAUGAACUGAGCAUCAGCGUCAGUGAUGUGUCUCUGUCAGAUGAAGGGCAAUACACCUGUUCUUUAUUUACUAUGCCUGUCAAAACUUCCAAGGCUUUUCUCACUGUUCUGGGUGUUCCUGAGAAGCCACAAAUUAGUGGAUUUAGUUCACCAGUUAUGGAGGGAGAGAAGAUGCAGCUAACCUGCAAGACCUCUGGUAGCAAACCAGCAGCUGAUAUCAGAUGGUUCAAGAAUGACAAAGAGAUUAAAGAUGUCAAAUAUUUAAAAGAAGAGGAUGGAAAUCGCAGGACAUUCACAGUUAGCAGCACAUUGGAUUUCCGAGCGGAUCGGAGUGAUGAUGGUGCUGUUGUAAGUUGCAGAGUAGACCAUGAAUCCUUAAACUCCACACCUCAGAUAGCAAGGCAGGUUCUAGAAAUACACUAUACACCUUCAGUUAAAAUCAUAUCUUCCAGUUCAUGGCCAGAAGAAGGACAAUCUAUAGUUUUGACUUGUGAAUCCAAAGGUAAACCACUGCCGGAACCAGUAUUGUGGACAAAGGAUGGCGGAGAACUACCAGAUCCAGAGAGAAUGGUUGUCAAUGGUAGGGACCUAAGAAUUAGUUUCCUAAACAAAACGGACAAUGGUACAUAUCGAUGUGAAGCAACAAACCCUAUUGGCCAAAACAGCACAGAGUAUGUCCUGAUUGUACAUGAUGUUUCCAACACUUUGCUUCCCACCACUGUCAUCCCCUCACUUACCACUGCAACAGUCACAACCACUGUAGCCUUAACAACCAGCACAGCCACAUCGGCAACAGCCAUCAGCACCAGAGACCCAAAUGCUUUGGCUGGACAGACUGGACCUGACCAUGCUCUCAUAGGAGGAAUAGUGGCUGUAGUUGUCUUUGUCACAUUAUGUUCUAUAAUUCUGCUUGGACGAUAUCUGGCAAGACAUAAAGGAACAUAUUUAACAAAUGAAGCUAAAGGAGCUGAAGAUGCACCUGAUGCUGACACAGCCAUUAUCAAUGCAGAAGGCAGCCAAGUCAAUGCAGAGGAGAAAAAGGAGUAUUUCAUUUAGAUGCAGACCUAGAUUCUCUGAGUUUUACUUAUCAGGCUGACUGCUGGAGAAAACUGGCUAUCAUCUUUCAGAAUUCAUUUCUGCCAUCUUCUGCAAACUUUAUUAACUUACAUACUGCUAUAAAUAGUCAGUUUAUGCCAACAAUCAGUUGUUGACAGCAUCAUUCUUUCUUUACAGUACCAUCCACAAUGCAGGACAUUUCUUAUUGCCUAAAAUUCAUUUCCAUUGCUCUCUUAACAUACAGUGCUUGAAUAUACAGCCUUAACAAUGUUAAUCUUCAUCUUAAAUCAUGCUAUUGAGUUUUCUACAUUUUUAAAUGUUAUAUAGCUUUCUUCUUUUCCAGUUUUCUUUUAUCAUGGUCCCUAUCAGUAUGUCAUUGGAUGAUUUUCAUAACAAAUACUAUUCGAUAAGGACAUAAUGUACUUACAUAAAACAUUAAAUCUAAGAUUAGAGGUUUACAAAGAAUGUUUUAUACAUGUCUAUAAUUCAAAGGCAACCUGUUUUUGAAACAUAUGCCCUAGGAACCACAAACUGAAAAUAUUAUAAUAUAGUUUCUUGUAUGCUUGGAUUUGGUGGAAAAGGAGUAUCAAUACAUUGUUAAAAAUGGUACCUUGAUACUAAUUCCAUGCUUGGGUGGUAAUUACAUCAUACUGUAUUAUCUAUACAGAUUCUGUAGAGUUAGAUAAUUGUAGCUUCAUUCUGAAACAAAUUUAUUCAGCCCUUUUACUGCUUUUUGGGAUCACAAGAUUAGAUAUGUUUCUGUAAUUUUGGUUUUAAUAAUUUAUUUGCUUCAUAUGGAUUCACCUGCCUAUUCAGAUUUGUAGUGUUCAUGGGGCACAAUUGCAAAGCAUUUUCCUAUCUGUAUAUAGUGCAUAUAAUAAAUCCAAUUAAACAUUAUUUGAUACAUAUUUAACUUUUUUGGCUAUAGCUAAGUCAGUCACAAGUAAGCAUUUUCUAAUGUCCAUUAUAUCCCUUUAGAUAUGACUUAAAUCAAUAUUCUGAAUAGAUAACAUGUAUUAGUAUUUUUGUCUGUAUGUCCUAGCACUGUUCAGCAGCAAACUUUUCUAGUUCUUGUUAAUUUUUCUUUGUUAUACAAUGGAAGCACAAUGUUAUAUGGAAAGGUAGUUUUAAGCUAACAACCAGUGCACAGCCUCAGGUUUUGAAUUACAACCACAUUUGAUUAAUAUCCUUAACAAAUACUGUUAUGUUGCUAAAUUCUCAAUUUUUAAUUUGGCAGUUCCACAGCUGCUUAUCUAUGUUGGGUUGCCAAAAAAAAAAAAAGAAAAAAGAAAAAAAAAAGAGUUAAAUGAUAUAUGUUUUGUGUAUACGGUAAAUGGACUAAUUCUUUAUAUUAAAUUCCUGUCUAUGCAUUUUGUGGGGUACAAACUUAUGUCACAGUGAAUGAUAGAGAAUUUCUGCCAAUGCUUUUAGCUCUAUGGUGAAAGUCUCUCUUAAAGUCUCAUGUUCUUAAAUAUGACAACAAAACACUAUAAGCCCAAUGGCUUAUUUCCUCUUCCACUGAAAUAAAAAUGGUGCCAGAUCAACUCUUGGUAGUGAUUCCAUGCUGGAGAAUGAAAAUCUGUAUUGUUGGGAGUUGAUCUCCCUCUCCCAAGUGUUGCACCUUUGAAAAAUAAUAUUUCUAUAUGGUUGCUAUACUUGUGAAGUCUAAACGCAUGAUGGCUUAUUGUAAAGGAUUAUCUCUUGGGAUUUAUUUUUUGUGGGGGCGGGGGAGGGAGAAUCUGAACACAUCAUCAUGUAUUAAGAUAAAAUGGAAGACAAAGGUGCUGUGUCAGAUUAUUUAUCAGAAGAGUAUAAGCCUUUUAAGGAGAAUAUUAUAGUAUUUUUUUUGUUUUCUUUCUUUCUUUCUUUUUGUUGAAACAUUUCUCUUGUUAAUUUCUAAGAAAAAGAGGGUGAUGUUGAUCAAGCAGCACUUUUUCAAAAUAUACAGAACAUAAAUAAUAUGAUGUGGUUGAGUGUUAACAUAAUAAAUCAUAUACAGUAUGACAUUUUAAAGAAAUAAGUCUGCAUUGAUGUGAUUGCAUGCUUGUUUUUACAGUUCACGCCAUACCAUCUGUGAAAAAAAUGCAAUAAUAUGUUAAUAUAGUAUGGUAGUUUGAGAGAACCAGGUAGGUGCUACUAGAUACAUUGAAACUAGUAUAGGUUUUCAAGAUAUUCAUGUCUUUCAAAGCAUACACUUUUAAAAGGUUGACAAAGGAAAUCAUUUAGUUUAGUACCAGAACAGAAAGGUUCUUGUCACAACAGUAAGUUGCAUUAACAGCAUUACAGUACUGUAUAUCUCAGUCUGAUUAGGGAGCCAACAAAUCACUUAAGCAUGUGAGAAGUUCCACCUAAUUCAAUGGAACUACUCAUAUGCUUAAAAAGUAAGGUUUUUGCUGGAUCAGGGUUUUAUUCACUGAAGUGGAACUGUUCAUCAAUGCUGCUUUUACAUCUUUAUACAUUCUAUCUAAACUGCACUUUGCUUGAAUUGUAGAGUUGUUGCUUAAAUCAUUACUUACCAUAAUGUCAAGUGAGACCUUCAAAUGUUAGAGCAUCUUUAGAUUUAACCACUCAAAGCCAAUUUCAGUGUAGUGUAAAACCAGCAUUGAAACAUUGCAAAACCAGAAAUAAAUUGGACUGUUAAAUUACAUUGGUUGGUUUUUAGUUAAAACUCUUAAUGUGUGCUCAUUUUCAAUAGAUUUCUGAUUUUCCACUGUCUUGCAUCUUGUGAUUUCAUUUACAUUUGUGCAAAGUGGGUGUAAAAACACUGUAACCAGUAUAAAUGAAUUGAGAAUUCUGAUUGGGUAGUUCUUUACAGCCAUCUACAUCCACAUGUUCAAAUGACUUCACUGGGUGUAAGGUAAUAAAUACAGUGCCAGGCCCUUUGUAAGCAACAUCAUGGCUCACUUAGAAGUAUAGUAUUCAAUAGGUAAAAACACAUUGUCUGUCUCCUUUAUACAAAAAGAUCCCAUUCAGAAAUACUGAGUCCAUUACAGUCUCAAGAAAUCUGAUAAACGUGUAAAAUGAAAGCUCCGAAUGGGAACCAUGUUAGUUAGAAUGUUAGUAUAACAUCCACACCUACAAAUACAUGCAAUGUAAUUUACUCAAGACAAGGUAGCUAAUUACUGCCAGUUUACAAUGUCCAUUGAUUAUUUUUAACUUUCAAAUGUAGAACAAUGUUAUUUUUUUGAUGCUUUGAUAACAUAAUAAUUAAACAGGCAUGUGGCAUCACAGGCAAAUGGGUGCAUCUUUCCAUUCUGUUUAGUGUCAUCAGAGAAUCCAAGAAGCAGUUUAAGGAACCUGAUAUUUAAGUUGAGGCUAAGAAUUUAAUCUGGAACACUUAAAAAUGUCUUCACAUUUCUUGCACUGAGACUUCCUCUAUAAAGAAUACAUGAAGAAAACAAACUUUUCUAAAUAAUACAUGGAAGUUAAUGUGUAUUUUCAUUAUGGCAUAAUAUAUAUAACUAUCUCAAUGAAGAGAAAGGACAGGAUCAUCUGUAAUUAUGUAAUUCAACUGAUUGUAAACAGCACUGAAGUUACCAUGUACGCACAUGUACAGUAGCUAUUUUGUCAGUUACAGUGUGGUUACAUGUACUUCCAUGUAACACAGCAGUUAUAGUGUAAUUUAGUGCCACUUAUUGUAAAGUGUUACCAAAAGGAAAAUGGAACUCUUACCUUUACUAAUCUGUUCAAACUAAUGGUAAAUAUAUUAAAUUAACACCAUGAAUCUGACAUUCCAUUUCUUUAAUAAGGAGGUGAUGUAAAACUUCAUGUUCACCCCACAGCUUUCCCCACCACCUAACUAGAUUACUACAAGUGUCCAAUCUCCUCACUCUUAGGAAAUGGUAAUCUGUGAUGAACAUACCAAAAAAACAAACAAACAAAAAAUCAGCUACUUCAAUUGAAUCAGCUGCUAACAGAAACAACUGAGUAAUGCUUUUUAUUAAGUGGCACAAAGUACACACUAAAAACUAUGCAAAAAUAUAGGUAACUACAGUGUACUUACAUGUAAGUAUCUUGUACUUUCUGUGUAUGGAUAUUGGAAACCCAUGUAAUUAUAAUAUGCAUUUUGAUUAUUUUAAAAGAGGGGAAGAAAAACCCUAGCAGUGAAAAUAAUUAACUUUAAAGUACACACGUGCAAUAGUCAUGCUUAAUGCAAUAUGCUUAAUUCCUCUACUUGCAAUGAUAUUUAAUUUAUAAUAACGCAUCUCUGUCCUCCUACCCCACUAGCUCUGUCUCCCCUCUAGUACUAUUUAGGUCCUAUUAGACUCCAUUGAAACACUUUUAGGACAAAGUAAGAAUUCAACUCUGCUAAUGGCUUCAUUACCAGCAUACUGCAAGUUUGGCAACCCUGCUCAGUAAUAUCUUUUUGCCUCAACAGAACAAUGUUUUUCUUUUUUCCUUCUUGGGGGAGUCUAGCAAGCUAAGAUACUGAAAUGUAUUGCCGUAUGCCCUGUUUUUUUUUUUUAGCUUGAACAGCAGAGAGAAAGAAAUGGAGAACUGCAUUAUCUUGACCUCUAUUUUGUUGAACCACCUCACCUGGAAUUUUCACUAUUUCAUUCACAAUACAGUACUGUCAGGCAAUCUUACAUUGUGAGUACAAACUGCUUCUGUCAAAGUACAGACGAAGCCUUUAGUGAUAAAGUUAACUUUUUCUAAACAUGAAAUUUUAUCACUGACCUUUUUCUUCUUGUUAUUUUCUGUCAUAC